GUCGGACAGUAAACACUACCGCACUACUGUGACGUAACUUCCGUUGUAAACAUCACUGUUUUCACUGAGAAGACCGUGGGUAACGUAAUGCUGAGCCCGACGAGAUAAUGUCGAUUAAUUUGGUUUGGGACGAAUAUAAUUUACCAAGAAUUAACGUAUUACAUUAUAACUGUUAUUACAUUAUAUUACUCUUGUCAAGCGGCCAGUUGGAUAGACACCCGAAGCUGUCCGACUCUUUAUAUAUGCUGUGAAGAAGAAGAAGAAGGAGUGAAUCUGUGUGCCUCCUUCCAUAAUGAGCCGGGACCAUCCUAUCCACAGCUGGCCCGGCUCCUAUUACAUAAACAGUGAGAAACGAUGGGAAAAUGGCACCCUCUCCCUCACCAGGACCACUGUGCGCUUCGUCUCCAACCAGAGUAAAGAGAGUCUUAUUAGCUUCCGCCUCUCCCGUAUCAUGGAGCUCAAGAUGGAGUCGUCCAGCUUCAUUUUCAGCACUCUCACCGUUCUUGAAGAGGGCAACGUCAAACACUGGUUUGGUUCCCUGAAGCCCAACAGAGUGGUGGUAUAUAAUGUGUUGGAACAUUUCUGGAGGGAACGCCUGCUGUCCCCUAGCUCAGAGGCCCACGGUGCUGACUCUCAGCCUUCUAAAGGCAGAGAGCUGAUCAGCCUGAUGGCAGGAGCCCAGAGACGACUGGAGGACACUGGCAGAGUCCUCAGCCAUCAAGGAGAGCAGUUUGAUAAUAUGAUGCAGGGACUUGAGAAGAUUGACUCUGACCUGGGCGUGGCUGAUAAACUUUUGUCACAGCUGGAGUCUCCCCCCUGGUGGCCUUUUGGUAAACUCCCCUGGAGGACCCAUCAAGAAGCCAAGGCUGAGGAUGCUGCAAGCGCUGCAGCAUCUGCUUCUGCUGCUGCUUCAGCUGGCAGGGAGUCUGUUAGAAAUAAGGUGAUUGUAAGUAUCCCUGCUGUCAUGUCGAAAGGGGAAGACUCUGACUUGAAACCAGGAUGCUUGGUAGUGCUGGUGUCCUCACUGGAGGUGCGGGACAGAAAUUGCCAGCUCCUUCAUCGCUUUGAACGAUAUGAGAUAGACGAAAUCAGGGUCAAGAGUCCCUAUGAAAUUGCUGUCAGACAGCGCUUUAUUGGGAAGCCAGACAUAUGCUACAGAUUCCUGUCUGCCAAGAUGCCAGAAGCAUUGUCACUGUUGGGGAUGCAAUAUAAAAAGAAGAUGGAGUUUACAAGGGAAUACAUUGCUUUCAGGGGAACUCCAGCUUCAUCGCCAUGUGACAGAGAAGGCACUAACUGGGAUGAAGGUUUGUCACAGAGGUGCCAAGAGACAGAGCUCCCACUGGAGGUCCCAGCAGGAGAGCUGUCCCAGCUGCACGUGCAUGUCCUCCAACCAUCUGUCAGUCAGGCUGAGGCCCAGGAACUUAAACAGAUGCUGAUGCAGCUGAAGAACCUUGCCCUGGAGGCAGAGACAGAGCUGGAACGGCAGGAUGAAGUCCUGGACGUCCUGACCAGCUCCACUGACAGAGCCACCAUGCACAUAGAGAAGCACACCUGCCGUAUGAAAAGACUGCUAUAGCUCUGACAGGCCAGCUGAUGCAUUUGGUCAAUAUGUCCCUCCUGGGAAAUGCUCCGUUGCAUUUUGAGAACACUGGGAAACAGCAGUCAGGAUUUAUAUAUGCUCAAAAGUAGUUUAGAUUAAUUUAUUUUUUUGGCGUUGCAUGAGAUGGCACACUUACAUGCUAUAAACACUAAAAUCCUUAAAAUUUGCUCAUCCGUUUUAACUAUUUUUAGUAGGACUAUGAAUUUAAAAAUAAUAAGGAGGUAAGCAUUUCUUAAUGCUUUUUCUUUGUUUUGUUUUUUUAAAUGAAGUGAUAAUGGGAUUCUUUCUUGAUGUCAUAAGUUAAUCCUUUUGUUCAAACCCUGUUUUGUUGUAUUGAAUUCAAACAUGUGUGACUGCGAAAAAUCAGGCAUCCUAAUGAAAGGUGUGUCUGUGAUCUGCACUUUGAAUGUGUGGCCUGCAGCACUUGGCAGCAGUGUCUACCAGUGUUAUUGUUACAUUUUGUUUGGAUGCUGUCAGCUUAACAACUGACAUCUUGAAAGCACAUUUUUUCUUAUUUUCUUACUUUAAGGGAAUUCAAUAUCAAAACAACAUCCUGUAUUUAAUCACAUCUUGAAUCAUAGUUUUCUGGAGCGGUCAGUGUGGGCCAAAUAUUUCCAGUAGGUGUUAGUUCUGUAAUGCUAAUAUGAACCUGUUUGCCAUUGAGGAGAAACAACUCAGCCAUUGAUGGAAGUAGUACUAAUGGCCUAAUGGCCUACUUACUUAUCUCACUGACAAUAAUUGUGGUGGAAAGACAGUGAGGGAUCACAUUCAUAUUGGUGCAUUAGUGACUGCCUUUGGUUGAUCACGGCACAGAGGACAUACAACAGAGUACACCAUUUACAGACCGAGGCGGAAACAUUAAUUGCAACGUCAAUUAAGAGUAAAACAGACAUUAGAAAGCAAAAAAGAAGAAGUAAAUAUAACCGCAACUAAUUCAAAACAGACAGUGAACUGUAAAACAAAAAUCUAAUUGUUGUCAAAGAAAGUGUUCCAUAGGCACAGACCUCCACAAGCCACUUUGAACACAUUGAAUGCCCUAUAUUACAAUGUCAAACGAUACAAAGAAUCUUUCUGUGUCCACACUCCAUUUGGUCAUCUCUAAAAUCAUUCGUCCUUGUGUCAUGUCCUGCCCCUCCACAAAAAGGUUUUGUAGUUUUUGAGGAAUCCUGCUGGAGGUAAUGGACCAACCUAAAAUGUACACAAAGGAAUCAGUGACAGAUUACCAUCUUUAUUUGCUAAGAAUAUUCCUGUCCUGAUGAUUUGACCCUCCCACGUGUGAUGGGGUCACUUAUUCCUCAGACAUACAUUUGCAGUGUCGUAGUGUUGCAUGUCUCAAUAUAACUGCUUUGUACUGCAUUGAUUGGAAAUGUUCUCUUCUUAUUAUAAACACAUGGGCCUUUUGCAGAAAGCAGAAAGCUUUCCUCUCUGUGUGUUCUUUUUUUAAAUAUACAUAAUUGUAAACAUGCUAAUAUCUACUGUAUAUGACUUGCUUAAGACGGAUGCUAUUCUGCAGCUAUUCGCUAUCUGUAUUUUCUGUAAAGAGCUGAUAUAUUGUAACACUGUAAUUUCACUGUGGUGUGUUAUCACUGUAAAGUUUAAACACUGGACAACUAAAUGAUUGAGUUUGA